AUGAUCCAUUCCGCAGCCUCAUCUGUGGACUCUUGGAGUACUGGUUAUGGCGAGCGUGACGAUGUGGAGAUGGACAACACCUGGGAGCAAGGAUCAGACGACAUUCUUACGAUUCCGAAGCUGGAGCCGGUCGAGGACGAUUUGAACAUGGACGAUCUGAAGGCAGCGCCAUUGGCACCAGCUCCCGCAGAACCAUCAAGCACCGACCCCAAGCCGAAACGACCUCGAGGAAGACCAAGGAAGCAUCCGUUGACGCCAGCAGUGGGUGCCAGCAAGGUGACCAAAGGUCGAUCAAAGACUGGGUGCAUUACAUGCCGUAAGCGCAAGAAGAAGUGCGACGAAGCAAAGCCCCGAUGCAUGAACUGUGAGAAGAACGCCGUGGUCUGUGAGGGCUACCACGAGAAGCAAAUCUGGAAGAGUGGCAAGGAGAAAGCUGAAGAGGAGCGGAUGCGGCGAGAAAGCCUCCCCAUGAUCACCAUGCAGCCCAUCUUCCAUGGUGUCGAGACAGCGGAGGACAAGAUUUUCUGGAAGCACUACAUCACGCAGCUGAGCAACGUCCUUACAGUAGAAGGCGAGGCCAAGAAUGCCUUUAAGGACAUUAUUCUUCAGCUCGCCAACAAGCACCAAGGUCUCAUGCACUCCAUCCUGGCCGUCAGUGGCAAACACAUUGAUUGGGAUACUCCCUACGGCGCCAAGUUGCUGGCCGAUAACCCCCAGUCAAGCCGUGAGGCAUUGCAACAGCGAGCGGACUAUCACCACGAUGAAUCGAUGAAACGACUCUACGCGGAUAUGGGCCGGUCCGAGGACAAGGACGACCCCGAGAACAAGAUGAUUCUGUCAGCAAGAUAUGGACAGAUGCUGUGCCUGCUGCUUCAAACCCGCGCCGAUGGGAACCCCCGGGGCGAACACCGAGUGCACCUCCAGGCGUACCAGACUCUAAUUCACAACUCACCCCCUGAGGACCCGGCCUUCCACACCUUCAUCACCGAGUUCUUCCAGUACCACAUCUACGCUGAUGAUCUCUUCUGGCAUCCUGAGAACAACACGGCGCGCUUGUCCUCUGAGGACUGGACCCCAUCCGAACCAAUUCAUCCACCUCGACUGCUGGGUGUUUCCGACGGCCUCUUCCACUACCUAACUCAGAUCACCACCAUCCGGAACACCGUUCGUGCCAACAUGGCAGCUUCGGUUGACCCUGUUGUUGACUAUACUAGUUUAUACCGGGCUGCCGAAAUCGAUGCCGCCAUCCGGGAGUGGACACCUCAAUGGCCGCCGGGCGACAGCCGUGACCGUGUCGGGCUGCUGUACAAGCAGAUGAUGUGGGUGUAUCUCUUCAGGUCCAUCUACCCGCCUUCAGUGCCACCGAUGCGUCGUUCGACCUUUAGCACGCUGCCUAUCCUACCGCCGCCCCCACCAACCAUGCCCUCUGCACCGGCACGACGAGCCUCGAUGAUGGCCACAGUGUCGAUGGGUAAAGGCCCUUCGGAUGUCCACAUGGCAAGCAGCUGCCCGACUUCAAGGAACCCAUCCAGAACAAGCUCGAUGCACGAGCAGGACUCGACUUCAUCAUCUUGUGACAGAGCAUCAUCGCCACCACCAAGUCGACGGCCGGCUUAUCAUGACCGCCGCAUUACUCUGGCGAUUGAGGAGUCACUGGUCAUCCUGGAGUCUUUCAAGCCUUCAGACCCCUCGCAGACCCUCCUUCUCAUCCCAUGUCUUGUCAUCGGCACCGCAUGCUUCGAACCAACCCAGCGCGAGCGCAUCCGGGGUGGAAUCAAGGCAGUCCGCGGCUACACUGGUCUUCGAAACUGCGACCGCGUGAUGGAGCUUCUCGAAAAGGUCUGGUCCUGCAUGGAAGAGGGCGACUGGGUCUCUGUAUGGGACUGGCAGGGCGUGGCUCGCCGGAUGAGCCUCGACUUCUCCUGCUCAUGA